UUGAUCAUCGCGCAGAGUACGGAGGUCUAUCUUUGUGUUAAAAAUUAAUAUUUUUCUUUGAAUGUUUUAUACUUUAAAAUCCUAAUUUAGUUCACUCAAAUAACAAUUUAUUUUUCGAUUAUUUUGUGGAAUCGGUUCGAUUCAAGCCAAUUAAUUAAUCGGAUAAAGCGAAGUCAAUUGAAGACGGAAUAUCAUAAGAUUUUGAUUACGUGUACAAGUUCAUAAAACAAGAAUCAUCUUCGGUUUUCUAUAUAUGAAACAUUAGGUGUUAAUUAUAAGGUUAACGCGCUCUGCAAACUAACAAUAAGCCGAUUAAAUUACCUCCGAUGGUCUAACAAUGUUUGUCUAGUAAUUGCAUCGCUCAACAUUUGGAUUACAUUUUUUUUUGUUAAUUUUCAUCGAAUUGUUUCCGAGAGCUAUACAACAUAUAGAUCGUUUUUCCGGCUAAAAGAUUUUACAGAAAGAAAAAAACAAAUUGGCAGAGUAAACAACAUUGAUAGCGUCAAUGAAGUGGAACAAUGGUUAUCGUAACACGAGGUGACUACAUCUGGAUUGAACCUGCCACAGGAAAAGAAUUCGAUGUAGCCAUUGGCGCUCGUGUAAUAUCAGCUGAAGGUAGACGUAUUCAAGUAAGGGACGACGAUAGCGAAGAACAAUGGCUGGCGCCAGAACGACGGAUAAAGGCGAUGCACGCAUCGUCGGUGCAAGGCGUCGAGGAUAUGAUAUCAUUAGGUGAUCUUCAUGAAGCUGGAAUUUUACGGAAUCUAUUGAUUCGUUACAUAGACAAUUUGAUAUACACGUAUACCGGUUCGAUAUUAGUUGCUGUAAAUCCGUAUCAAAUUCUUCCCAUCUACACCGCAGAACAAAUAAAACUUUACAAAGAACGGAAAAUUGGUGAAUUGCCGCCGCAUAUCUUCGCUAUUGGUGACAAUGCGUACGCGCAUAUGAAACGCUACCGUCAAGAUCAAUGCAUCGUUAUUAGCGGAGAGUCGGGUGCUGGUAAGACGGAAAGUACCAAAUUAAUAUUACAGUAUUUGGCCGCCAUAAGCGGUAAACAUUCAUGGAUCGAACAACAAAUACUCGAAGCCAAUCCCAUAUUGGAGGCAUUCGGAAAUGCAAAGACUGUCAGAAAUGACAACAGUUCAAGAUUUGGCAAAUACAUUGAUAUUCACUUCAGCGGUAAUGGUGUGAUUGAAGGUGCUAAAAUAGAACAAUAUUUAUUAGAGAAAUCUCGAAUUGUAUCACAAAAUCCAAAUGAACGAAAUUAUCACAUCUUCUACUGCUUGUUGGCGGGUUUGUCAAACGAUGAGAAGCGCAAACUUGAGCUGGGAAACGCAUCCGAUUACAAAUAUUUAACUGGCGGCGAUUGCAUAACAUGUGAGGGUCGCGAUGAUACGGCAGAAUUUGCCGAUAUCCGAUCGGCAAUGAAAGUUCUUCUAUUUUCUGACCAAGAAAUUUGGGAAAUUCUUAAACUGCUAGCAGCGCUGUUGCACUGCGGUAACAUCAAAUACAAGGCAACGGUUGUCGAUAAUUUGGACGCAACAGAAAUACCAGAACAUACGAAUGUGGAAAGGGUUGGUGCGUUGCUGGGUGUACCCGUUCAACCGCUCAUCGAUGCAUUAACUCGAAAAACUCUAUUCGCUCACGGUGAGACGGUUAUUUCGACUCUAUCUCGAGAUCAAUCGGUUGAUGUGAGGGAUGCGUUUGUCAAGGGGAUUUACGGUCGUCUCUUCAUUCUCAUUGUGAAGAAGAUCAACAGUGCAAUUUAUAAGCCGAGAGCAUCGGCACGGAAUGCUAUCGGCGUUUUGGAUAUUUUCGGUUUCGAAAAUUUCGAUCAUAACAGCUUCGAGCAGUUCUGCAUCAAUUUUGCCAACGAAAAUCUUCAGCAAUUCUUUGUGCAGCACAUCUUUAAGUUGGAACAGGAGGAGUACAACCAUGAGGGUAUCAAUUGGCAGCACAUUGAAUUUGUGGACAAUCAAGAUGCCUUAGAUCUGAUAGCGAUAAAACAAUUGAACAUCAUGGCACUGAUUGACGAAGAAUCGAAAUUUCCGAAGGGCACCGAUCAGACAAUGUUGGCCAAACUGCACAAAACUCACGGUUCUCAUAAGAAUUAUUUAAAACCCAAGUCUGAUAUAAACACCAGCUUCGGACUAAAUCAUUUCGCUGGUGUAGUCUUUUAUGAUACUCGAGGAUUCUUGGAGAAGAAUCGAGACUCGUUCAGCGGUGAUCUGUUGCAGUUGAUCAGUUCAUCGAAUAAUCGGUUCCUGCAAGCGAUAUUCGUCGACGAUAUCGAAAUGGGAGCCGAGACAAGGAAAAGGACACCAACUCUGUCCACCCAGUUUAAAAAGAGUUUAGACUCCCUGAUGAAGACGUUGAGCAGUUGUCAGCCAUUCUUCAUCAGAUGCAUCAAACCGAAUGAACUGAAGAAACCGAUGCUGUUUGAUCGAGGACUCUGUUGCAGACAGUUGAGAUAUUCCGGAAUGAUGGAAACUAUUCGAAUUCGUCGUGCCGGCUACCCAAUACGUCAUGGGUUCAGAGAGUUCGUAGAGCGAUAUCGAUUUUUGAUUAAUGGUGUUCCACCGGCUCAUAAAACCGAUUGUCACAUGGCAACGGCUCGAAUUUGUGCUGCUGUGCUGGGAAAGUCAGACUAUCAACUAGGACACACCAAAGUGUUCCUGAAAGACGCUCACGACUUGUUCUUGGAACAAGAGCGAGACAGAGUUUUAACAAGGAAAAUUUUGAUUCUGCAGAGAUCCAUCAGAGGAUGGGUAUAUCGCAGACGUUUCUUGAGAAUGAAAGCUGCCGCAAUUACGAUUCAAAAGUACUGGAGAGGAUAUGCUCAACGUCAGCGGUACAAAAAGAUGAGAGUUGGAUACAUGCGAUUGCAGGCACUCAUUAGAUCGAGAGUUCUGAGUCAUCGGUUCCGUCAUUUACGCGGUCAUAUCGUUGGCUUGCAGGCACACGCUCGUGGAUAUUUAGUUCGAAGAGAGUAUGGUCACAAGAUGUGGGCAAUCAUCAAAAUCCAGUCGCACGUGCGAGGUAUGAUUGCGAUGAAACGCUAUAAGAAGCUGAGGGAAGAUUAUCGUAAAUAUAACGAAGUACUGAGACUGAGGAGAUUGGAAGAACAAGAACUCAAGCAUCAAGGAAACAAAAGAGCUGCGGAAAUUGCCGAACAACAUUACUUGGAUCGUUUGAAUGAGAUCGAGCGAAGAGAUUACGAACAUGAAAUGGAAGAGCGACGAAAGGUUGAAGUCAAAAAGACAAUGAUUAGCGAAGCAGCUAGGAAGCAGGAUGAACCAGUUGACGAUAGCAAGCUGGUUGAGGCAAUGUUCGAUUUUCUUCCGGACUCUAGCAGUGAAACUCCAACACCACACGGCGGUCGGGAGACAUCAGUUUUCAAUGAUUUACCAGUAAAUUCGGAUCAAAAUGAGGAAAUAACGCCGAUGCAGAUGGUGUCUGAGGAUGAAGAAGAUUUGUCGGAAUUCAAGUUCCAAAAGUUUGCAGCGACAUACUUCCAAGGCAAUGUUACCCAUCAGUACUCCAGGAAACCGCUCAAGCAUCCAUUGUUGCCAUUGCACACACAAGGUGAUCAGCUGGCCGCUCAAGCCUUAUGGAUAACAAUAUUGAGAUUCACCGGUGAUCUGCCGGAGCCUCGAUAUCAUACAAUGGAUCGAGAUAACACAUCAGUUAUGUCCAAAGUAACAGCCACACUUGGACGAAAUUUCAUCCGAAGCAAGGAAUUCCAAGAAGCUCAAAUGAUGGGACUGGAUCCCGAAGCGUUUUUAAAGCAGAAACCACGUUCCAUUCGUCACAAAUUAGUUUCGUUGACAUUGAAGCGGAAGAAUAAGCUGGGUGAGGAUGUACGUCGCAAACUUCAAGACGAAGAGUAUACAGCCGAUAGCUAUCAGUCGUGGUUGGAAUCGCGUCCCACCUCAAACCUGGAAAAACUUCAUUUCAUCAUUGGUCAUGGCAUUUUACGUGCUGAACUGAGAGACGAAAUUUAUUGUCAGAUUUGUAAGCAAUUGACCAAUAAUCCGUCAAAGUCGUCACAUGCCAGAGGAUGGAUUCUGUUGUCGUUGUGUGUUGGAUGCUUCGCACCGUCAGAGAAAUUCGUCAAUUACAUUCGGGCUUUUAUAAGAGAGGGACCACCUGGAUAUGCUCCAUAUUGUGAGGAUCGAUUGAAGCGGACCUUCAACAACGGAACGCGCAAUCAACCGCCGUCUUGGUUAGAACUGCAAGCAACUAAGUCAAAGAAACCAAUUAUGCUUCCAAUAACAUUUAUGGACGGUAACACCAAAACGUUACUGGCCGACUCGGCAACCACGGCCCGCGAGUUAUGCAAUCAAUUGUCGGAUAAAAUUACGCUUAAAGAUCAGUUCGGUUUUUCGUUGUACAUUGCAUUGUUCGACAAAGUAUCGUCGCUGGGCAGUGGUGGUGAUCAUGUCAUGGAUGCUAUUUCACAAUGCGAACAAUAUGCCAAGGAACAGGGUGCACAAGAACGAAAUGCACCGUGGAGACUGUUCUUCCGGAAGGAGAUCUUUGCUCCGUGGCACGAACCGACCGAGGAUCAGGUGGCAACAAAUUUGAUCUAUCAGCAAGUAGUCAGGGGUGUUAAGUUCGGUGAAUAUCGAUGCGACAAAGAAGAGGACUUAGCGAUGAUAGCUGCUCAGCAAUAUUUUAUUGAAUACGGAACAGACAUGGCUAUGGAGCGACUGUUCACAUUGCUGCCGAAUUUCAUCCCAGAUUAUUGUCUCACUGGGAUCGAUAAAGCGAUGGACAGAUGGGCGGCACUAGUCUUACAAGCGUACAAGAAGAGCUACUAUCUCAAGGAAAAGAUACCGUCGUUGAAAGUGAAGGAGGACAUUGUUAGCUAUGCCAAAUACAAAUGGCCAUUGCUGUUUUCGAGAUUCUAUGAAGCUUACAGAAACUCUGGGCCGAAUUUACCGAAAAAUGAUGUCAUCAUAGCAGUCAAUUGGACUGGGGUCUAUGUAGUUGAUGAUCAAGAACAAGUUUUGCUGGAAUUGUCUUUUCCAGAAAUCACAUCCGUGUCAAGCCAAAAAACGAACAAAGUCUUCACCCAGACAUUCAGUUUGUCGACAGUGCGAGCAGAAGAAUUUACAUUUCAAAGUCCAAAUGCUGAAGACAUUCGCGACUUAGUUGUUUAUUUCUUGGAAGGACUGAAGAAGAGAUCCAAAUACGUAAUCGCCGUUCAAGACUACAAAGCUCCCGGCGAGGGUACAAGCUUUCUGUCGUUCUCAAAGGGAGAUUUACUUAUACUGGAAGAGGAUAGUACCGGCGAAACAGUUUUGAAUAACGGUUGGUGCAUAGGCCGUAGUGAUCGAUCGGAGGAAAGAGGCGACUUUCCGGCAGAAACAGUUUAUGUGUUGCCAACGUUGAGCAAACCUCCGGAGGACAUACUGGCUUUGUUCAGCAUCGAGGGAGCCCAUCACGGUCGACGAUUGAGUACCGUAUCAAAUGGUGUAACGGAACCGCGCGAUCGUCCAUACAAUUUAGCCGAAUAUGCCCUGGAUCAUUUCCGACCUCCACCAAAGAGAACCAUGUCGAAAGCGUUGACGUUGAGCUCGAAACGAGGAUAUGAAGAUUUGUGGAGAUAUUCACGGGAGCCUCUGAAGCAACCAUUGCUGAAAAAGCUCAUAGCUAAGGAAGAAUUGUCCGAGGAAGCGUGCUUUGCUUUCACGGCAAUCCUCAAAUACAUGGGCGAUCUACCGUCGAAACGACCAAGAAUCGGUAAUGAGAUCACCGAUCACAUAUUCGAUGGGCCGUUGAAGCAUGAAAUUCUGCGAGAUGAACUUUAUUGUCAGUUAAUCAAACAACUGACCGACAAUCGGAAUCGUAUGUCUGAAGAACGUGGAUGGGAAUUGAUGUGGUUAGCCACCGGAUUGUUUGCUUGCAGUCAAAGUCUGUUGAAAGAGUUGCUCAUGUUUUUACGCAGUCGUCGGCAUCCCAUUUCCCAAGAUUCACUGCAUCGUCUGCAGAAAACUUUACGCAAUGGUCAACGAAAAUAUCCACCGCAUCAAGUGGAAGUGGAAGCCAUUCAGCACAAAACGACGCAAAUAUUCCACAAAGUCUAUUUCCCUGAUGAUACGGACGAAGCUUUCGAAGUUGAUUCCUCUACUAGAGCCAAGGAUUUCUGCCAAAACAUAUCCCAACGCUUGAACUUGCGUUCGAGCGAAGGAUUCAGUCUGUUUGUAAAAAUUGCGGACAAAGUCAUUUCCGUGCCGGAAGGAGAUUUCUUCUUCGAUUUCGUACGCCAUUUGACCGAUUGGAUUAAAAAAGCUCGGCCUACAAGGGACGGAACGAACCCACAGUUCACAUACCAAGUAUUCUUCAUGAAAAAGUUGUGGACCAAUACGGUACCCGGCAAAGACCGGAAUGCCGAUCUGAUUUUCCAUUAUCAUCAAGAGUUGCCGAAACUGCUGAGGGGCUAUCACAAGUGUUCCAAGGAAGAAGCUUCAAAAUUGGCUGCUUUGGUCUAUCGGGUUAGGUUUGGAGAGAGCAAACAAGAAUUAGGAGCAAUACCUCAAAUGUUGCGCGAGCUUAUUCCAUCGGAUCUUACAAAAAUGCAGAGUACCAGCGAGUGGAAGCGGUCUAUUGUAGCUGCGUACAAUCAAGAUGCUGGUAUGAGUGCCGAUGAUGCAAAGGUCACAUUCUUAAAGAUUGUGUACAGAUGGCCAACAUUCGGUUCGGCAUUCUUCGAAGUAAAACAAACCACUGAGCCGAACUAUCCCGAAAUGCUACUCAUCGCAAUCAACAAACACGGUGUCAGUCUAAUUCAUCCUCAAACGAAGGAAAUACUGGUGACACAUCCAUUUACUCGAAUAUCGAAUUGGUCGUCCGGCAAUACGUACUUCCACAUGACUAUUGGCAAUUUGGUGCGUGGGUCGAAGCUACUCUGUGAAACAUCGCUCGGCUACAAAAUGGACGAUCUGUUAACGUCGUACAUAUCGCUUAUGCUCACAAAUAUGAAUAAACAAAGAACGAUUAGAAUUAAUUGAAUGGGGGACACAUCGCAAUGCUUACAAACGGCUGAUCUAUCAGUUUUAUCUGAGACAUCGAUGGUAAAAAAUAUAAAUGGGGGUCUAGUGUUGUAGGGAAAAAGUGGUAGAAAUUUUAAACUGAAAGGAGUAACAGAUUUCAUAUGCUGGCAGCCGUUUGUAAAAGGUUAACAAUUUUUCUUUUUUGAUAUUUUUUUUUCUUCCGCUGUCUUUUUAUAUCCAAAUACGAGGAAGUCGAACUUAUAAUUAUUACAUGGAUUUGUAGAAUUUAAUUUAAUUUGUCGUUUGUUUGCAUAAUUUAAUUCCAUUUUUUUUUAAAUUUUGUUUUGUAUAUACAUCCAGCUAUCCAAUUCUAUUUUUAUUCAUAAAAAACUCUCAUAUUCAAUUCACAACCAGCUGCUGGAAAUUUAUAAUUUAUAAUUCAAAAAAACAAAAAAAUUUAGUGCGUGUUCCGUGUGUGUGUAAAAUACUCCAAUUUAAUCAAAACGAUAACAUGCAAUAAAUAAAUAACCAUAAAUUA